CAGUGGCCGCUGUCCAGUGGCUUGGCCUCACUCUUGCUGCUGCGAGCUAUCUAUGGUGCUGGCAGCGACAUGUGGCGCCUCCCGGGGCUGCUGGGCCGAGCUCUUCCCCGUGUGCUGGCAUCCAGCCUCCGGGGGGUGACCCCCAAGUCCACUAUUCCAAAUGGGCCUCAGGCUACCUCCUCCACCCUCCUGGUCCCUGUGCCCAACCUUGACAGGUCGGGCCCACAUGGCCCAGGCACGAGCAGUGGUCCAAGGUCCCAUGGAUGGAAAGAUACUUUCCAAUGGAAGUCUACGUGUGUCUCCCCAAACACGCUGUGGGGUGCCAUAUCAUGGGGUACUCUGGCUGUGCUGGCCCUACAGCUGGCAAGGCAGAUCCACUUCCAGGCAUCCUUGCCAGCAGGACCUCGGCGAGUGGAACACUGCACUUGGCAUAGUCCCCUAGACCGUUUCCUGUCAUUUCCCUUGUGGCCCACAUGCUCCUGGUCACUGCGGCAACACAUUCUCCCCAGCCCUGACAGCCCAUCUCCCAGGCAUUCUGACCACAGGGAACCUAGGCUGGGCCUGGAAGAACCCUCAGCUCAGCCCAAGAGCUUCUCUUCAUAUAGUUCCUUGAGAGCAGCCAGUCCUCAGGACCCCUCAGAGGAAGAUCCCAGUGAUUUGGGUUUCUUGCAUGCCAGCAAUAGCUUCAAGUCCAAGGCAAAACCAGCCCAGCCUCAGCCCACUAGUGAAAAGAAGGAACAAGAAAAAUCAAAUACUCUUUCCCUUGAAGAGGCUGUGACUUCCAUUCAGCAGCUGUUCCAGCUCAGUGUUUCCAUUGCUUUCAACUUCUUGGGGACGGAGAACAUGAGGAAUGGGGACUACACGGCAGGCUUUUCUUACUUCCAGAGAGCUGCAGACCGUGGCUACAGCAAAGCACAGUACAACGUGGGUCUGUGUCAUGAGCAUGGCAGAGGCACCCCAAGGGACAUUAGUAAGGCGGUCCUUUAUUACCAAUUGGCUGCAAACCAGGGCCAUAGCCUGGCUCAGUACCGCUAUGCCAGGUGCCUACUACAAGACCCAGCCUCUUCAUGGGGCCCUGAGCAGCAGAAGGCAGUGUCCAUGCUGAAGCAGGCUGCAGACUCAGGCUUGAGAGAGGCCCAGGCUUUCCUCGGAGUGCUUUUCACCAAGGAGCCAUACCUGGAUGAGCAGAGGGCUGUGAAGUAUCUUUGGCUUGCAGCCAGCAAUGGGGACUCACAGAGCAGGUACCACUUGGGCAUUUGCUAUGAGAAAGGCCUUGGUGUGCAGAGGAAUCUGAGGGAGGCCUUGAGAUGUUACCAGCAAUCAGCAGCCCUGGGAAAUGAGCCCGCCCAGGAGAGGAUUCGGACUCUCUUUUCCAUGGAAGCAGCAGCCCCAGGGCCCAGAGACCUGGCAGUUAAAGGACUGAAGUCUUUCUCCAGCCCCUCCCUCUACAGCCUGAAUACUCUGCUGGCAGGAACCUCAUGCCUCUCACAUGCUUCAAGCACAGGGAACCUUGGCGUCCUUUGCAGAAGCGGGCAUCUCGGAGGCAGCCCUGGAGUCCCCAGCAGGGCUAUGCCCCCACACCCUUACCCCUUGGAAAGGAGUCUCGUAAGACUGGGUUUUGGUUAAGACCUUACUUCAGCCCUGAAGAUGGAGCCUGUGGGUUCUCAGACACAUAUCACAAUACGUAUCUUCUUUGAGUCCCAAAGAAGAGGCCAGUUAUUCAGCCACCUUCCCAAAACCUGAAGCACCUGCUCAGCACAGAAAAGAACAGGAAAGUGUGUGCAGACCUAAGUUCUGGCUCUGCAGUUUGCCUAGCUGUGUCACUUUGGAGGAGGGACUUGACUUGCCAUGUUAUUUCCUCAGUUGAAAACCAAGGAGAAUGGUCUCUGCCUUCCUACCUAGUAGGAUGAAUGGAAGGGCAUGCUCACUUGGGCCCGGGGAGGCAGAGUGAUUGAUGCUGGUGGCUGCAUAGCUUUAUAAGUUGUCAGCCCAGGAUGAGGACUGGGCCUCCUGACUUCUGGCCCAUGGUUCUUUUCCAUCAGCUCACACUGUAAUUUUAUGUGAAAGCAUUAUUAUCAUUCUACUGAUAUGAGGGAGUAAGGAGCAGGAGAGUGUCGAUUUUGAGGUCCUCCUUUGGGAAAGGUAUGCCAGAAAUGUCUGUGUGUUUAAUAAAACAGAUAUUGGGUUAUCUUA